CGUGGUGCGCGCUGACGUCACUGCGGGCGCGCGGGGCGGAAGCGCCUCGGCGUCGCGGUGUUUACAAGCGGGCUGGUUGCUGUCGGGGCCGCGCUAAGGGCGCUCGGGCCGGAGCGGCGAAGAGGCCGCCUCAGCGCCCAUGUGCCCUCAGCCGCCCAUGGAGGUGAUGGAGGGCCCGCUCAACCUGGCUCAUCAGCAGAGCAGGAAAGCUGACCGUUUGCUGACAGCAGGGAAGUACGAAGAAGCGAUUUCUUGUCACAAAAAGGCAGCAGCAUAUCUCUUGGAGGCCAUGAAGCUGACACAAUCGGAUCAGGCCCAGUUAUCAUUGGAAUUACAAAGGGAGAGCCACCUGAAACAGAUUCUACUUAUCCAAGAGCGAUGGAAAAGAGCAAAAAGAGAAGAGAGGCUAAAGACACAGCAGGCUGUGGAGAAAGAUAGUGCUUCAUCGAAGCCAUCAGCUGAGGAAUUUGAUGACCAAAAUGCGGCAGCUCCCGCUAGCCUGAAGUACAGCCCUUCCCCAGAGAAGGAUGCACAGGCAAUCCACGGUGUCUUGGAUAGGGACCCCGACACACUACUGUUCCUGUUUCAGAAAAGAAAGGAGCCACUGGAAGUGUGCGUUGGAAGCAAAACCCCAAAGGACGACAAGACAAAAAUUGAGGAGCAGGCCACCAAAAUAGCCGUUCUAGAACGGCACGUGGACUUUCUCUUAGCUGAAAACGAGAGAUUGAAGCGAGAGAACAAGCAGCUACAAGCUGAGAGGGCCAGACUUCUGAAAUCCCCCCUAGAAAAGGAGCUAGAUGUCGAUGCCGACUUCGUAGAGAAGUCAGAGCUGUGGGGUCUGCAGCAGCAUUCAGAAACUGCUGCUGCGUCGGCCUCAACUUGGCAGAAAUUUACAACGAAUGCUGGGAAGGGCAAGGACAUUCCGAUACCCAGCCUUCCGCCUCUGGACAUUCCAUCCCCCGAGCUCCCUCUGUUGGAGCUCUCGGAGGAUAUGCUGAAAGGACUGAUGAACAGCUAAGUAGAGACCACAAUGUAUGUUCACCUGUAGCUCAGCAAAAUCCAAAAAGGGGAAACUCACCAGUACAGUUGUGAUUCACAGGUACAAAACACCAACUACAACCCUACUGAGGGAGAAUAUCUUAGUGACUUAGUGUCACACUGAAAAAUAUGCAUGCUAUUGGAUCGGUUAAACAGGGCUGACUAUUUACCAUCGUUGGUAAAAGCUAAGCUCUCUCUUCCUCCCCACCUUCAAGCCAAAUGACUGAGGGGAGACUUUCAAGCAACUUGAUCCUGCAGGGGUCUUGGGUAUGCGAUAUGUAACAUGUCUCCUUAAUGCCAUAAAAUAAUGCAAAACCUAAGUGGUGUGGGCCAGAGUGUGACCAUUUUGGCAGUGAAAAAAAAGUUUCUAUCAUGCAUUCAAUUAAUUUAAUUAUGCAAACCAGGUCAAUAGAUUGGAUGUUGCUUCUGUUCCUCCACAGUAUGGAUCUACGUGCCACACUCUGCACUCCUGACUUAAAAAUGCUUUAUCAGCUAAUCAGGAGAGAUGCUAAAUUUACUACUACUACUUUUUUAUUUUAAGGAACCAAAUUUUAGUUCUAUUGAAAUUUGGAACCAAAUUUUAGUUCUAUUGAAAUUUUGAUUUGUUUACAUAAUCAGGGUGCUUAAUAAUGUGUGUGUUCUGUAUAUGAAACUAGUAGGCAUCGUUUUAAACAAAUACGAGGAAGAAGAAUUAUUGAUGCAUGAAUGGAAGUAACGGCAGUUGCCAGAACUUGACUGAAAAUAAAAAGUUUUGGGUCAGUUUUGAAUCUUAGUUGUUUGUUGGAACACAUAAAGCUGAUGAAUAUUGAGUCAGAUCACAGGUCCAUCUUGCCCGAAUCACCUCUGACUUGCAGUAAAAUUCCAAGACCUUCCUUUAACAGCAAUCUCUCAAUCCCAUGAUUUGAAUUCCUUUUAAUCAGAGAGGCCAGGCAUGGAACCUGUGAUGAUGUAUUUGCUCAUUGCACUUUGAUGUGCUUUCGAACUGCUAGGUUGGCAGGAAUUUCUGCUAAUAGUUGUUAAAUCUUACAUUACUGUUCUAAUGCAGUCAUUUAAACUAGUAGUAACAAAUGCCUCCUGUUAGCUAUGCUGCUGAUGUGCAAUAGUCAAUUUUACUGGCUGUCUCCAAGAAAGGGGAUUAUGACAGGCUUUCUCGCCACACUUGAGCAUUUUUUAUUGAUACUGCUUCCUUUGGUUACUACUUACAGCUGAAUCUAAACACUUUCCUUUGGGUCACAGUUCAAGAUGAAUCUUGCCUCUUUCCUGUGUCAUUUUAAAAAACCUAUCUUUUAGCUCUUGUGGAAUAGCUGUUUAUUCAAAAAUGAGAGGAAGCUGCACAAAAAUUCUGGUCCUGCAAAACUAUGUUACUUCCUAGUAGCUAGGAAUAAGUACUGUAUUUAGAAAUUUUAUACAAAGAGUGCCAUCUCCUGGACAAUGCUGUUUUCUUUACACAGUACUCCAGCGGUUCUGAACUUAAAAUCACAAAGUUCAACAUACCACAGGCCCAUAACAUUACAUCCUUUGGCUAUACAUCAAAAUGUUAUGUAAUUUCACAUAAAAAAUGGUUUGCUAUUAUUUUGUAGGAAUAUUAGUAUUCUAUGGGCAUUAAAUCCCCAGUGUGCAGUGUAGUAUGUGCAAUAUGGAAACCCAAUCCAUGAUGCUACAAUCAUAAUUCCAUCACUGCCCUAUGGAUAAUGAAUAGCUCAGUCAGUAGAGCAUGAGAGUCUUAAUCUCAUGGUUGUGGGUUCAAGGCCCAUAUUGGGCACAAGAUUCCUGUAUUAUAGGGGGUUGGACUAGAUGACUCUCGUGGUCCCUUCCAACUCUAUGAUAUAAUAGCAACCUGUGACAGUUGAGUGCCUAUCAGUUUGUAACCUUAACAGGGCUAAUGAAAAAUAAUGUAUUGGCUUUUAUAGACAGGUUUCCCAGUGGUUGCAGAAGUCUGUGAACAAGCGGAAAACAAAAACCAGGACUGACAGAAUGUUGAGAGCAUAAAGAUAAGAAAAUGAGCGGGGAUGGGGAUUCAGUGGCCCUCCAGAUGAUGUUGGACUACAACACCCAUCAUCCCUGGGUCUUGGGCCUUCUUGGCUAGGACUGAUAGAAUCCUACUACAUGGAGAGAGCCACAGGGUCCCUCUCCCUGUGCAAGAGUAACUCAUCUCAAGAGAGAACUUCCAUAUUCCUGUUGAAGGGUAAAUACUGGAACAUCCAUCACUGCAGCUACAUUUUUUUCUUAAGGAUGUGUGUGUGUGUGUCAGUGAAGGACACACCUGGUUACAGCUAUACAAACACCAGGUUUUUUUUGGGGGGGGGCUGAUGGGUGGCUCUCGCUUCUACGUAUCAAUAGCAACUUGGAAUUAAUGGAAACACCUAGUUUGGUGCAAGAUUGCAUAUGGUGAAAGGCAGUCUGCACCUUUACUAAUACUCAAUUCAGUGAGUUCCCCUCCCCCUUCUACCUUGGGGAACCCCUGCACAUCUGCUAGGCCUAGGGUAUUCUCUCUGUUGCAAAUUCAGGGUUCAUAAUAGGUCCAAGCUCAGUUCAUAAAGCCAGACCUCUUGCCUUUCAGUAUCAACCGAAAGUGCUUUCUAAUACUACAGAUGCACAGAAGACUGAAAGUUUCAUAAUAGUUUUUUUCAUGGAAGUUUUCUGCUAUCACUAAUCUGUCAAACCUUUGGUAAGUGCCUAAGGGUACCAACACUGACUCCUGGAACAAUUUUAAAAAGUGCUGUAGUUUCUUUUUUAAAACGAAAGAAAACAAAAGAUAAAUCAAAUACAUUAUUUGCCCUAGCUCUUUCAACAAAUUAAAUACAUACAUACCAAACAAAACUUCAUUUGAACGUUAAGGGAAGUAGGAGUGAGAUAUGGCUACAGACAUUAUUUCAUAGUUGUUUCUCAAAUAUAUUGUACAUCAGUUUUAGUUAAAAAGUGCUAAGCACAAGAAUAAAGGGGAUGAAAUGUGUAUUCAGUGUUACAGUCCAUGGCAGACUGGACACAAAUAGUCACAACAGCUGUUAAUCUAUAAAAUACUAUAGCCAAGUUCUAAAAAGGCAAAAACCCUCAGGAACAAUAUUAUUUUUACCACUUCCCUAAAAAUUAGAGAGCUGGCUAGGUGAAAAUUUAAAUGCAUGGUCUCUGGGACCAGGGCUGGGAGUUGGUUCAAGGUUUUAGAAAAUAAUCUUAUUUAAGCAAUUUUGCUGCUUCUGAGUUGCAGAUCUAGAUGGAAAUCUUUUGAUGGCAAUGAGGACACUGCUGUGCUGGACCCACUACAGAUUGAACCUGGAAGUUGUAUGUGAUUUUAAAGAUCUCUGCACCCAUCAAAUUUAAAUGGGGGGACCAGACAUUCAUUUAUGCUCAGCCUGUUUGCUCACCACAGCAACCACUUCUUGUACCUAGACCACAGAAAUGGCGUCUAUGAGUAUAGCAGACACAUACUUUGCCAAAAUAUGAGUCAUGCUAAACAAGCAAGCAGAAAACAAAAUUGGUGGCACCUGUACUUCAUCACAAAAUAACAAAUACAUAGUCCUGGGAAGAAAUUUGGUGUUAAAUCGUAACAACUGCAACAAUCCAUGUAAUUUUAAUGUUACUUUCAACAGAUAAAAGGAUUGGGAGACACACAGUUGAGAGAGAAGCAGCUUUGCUUUAAAAAAAGUGGGAGAAGAGUGCUGAAGGCGAAAAGGUUUACUAAGUUCACCUAUUUGCCGCUACACCUGUCUUAUCCCAGCUGUAAAGAAAAGGCACGGCACUGAACAGGCUGUACCUCUUACACAUGAAAGUCACCAGAAGCAACUGUCAUAGUCCACUACUGAUCACUCCAGCAUGAGCUGCAUUUUUCAGGUGUAUACAAUAACCAUCUGGUCUGAAGGAAAGGAGAAGAGCACAGCACAAUUUAUGAAAUGCAGGUGAGGGCCAAGAAUUCAUGGAAUUCCUAUUUAUAGAUGACCAUCAGCAUGUAGUUUAAGGACUUACUAAUCUUUCUCAUGUCUUCAGCUAGAAAUCUAUUAACACAAUAUUGGGAAACAGCCACUAACUUAGCUCUAGCAGAGAAAUUAAUGAAGCAUCCCAGAGCACUAAGAAACACAAAGAGCAAAGACGAUUUUGAAACGGUUUAUUCAGUACACUGGAAAGGACAAUGUUGUUUCUUCAGCACCAGCUACCCACAGCUCACUGUUACAACGGAGUCAAUUCUAAACUCUUAUACAAACCUGUUUAAUAUUUGACUGUAUCGCUAACAUUGCACAUGCAUGUAAAAUUUCUUGGUGGGAUGCAGGCCAAGAAGUGACUUCCUUUCAGGCAUGAGCAGAACCUGGGCACUUUUAAAUCAACAGCAGAGUGAUACACAGAUUAACCAAUACUUUAUAUCAGGCAUGGGCUGACUUCAGGUCAUUGGAUCUACAUUUGUUUUCUACUAGAAACAAAGGAACACCAACUGGAGCCUGGCAUAAAAUAUGGCAUGUGAGCUGAACCAGUUACCUGAGAAGUGGAAAUCUGCAGCUGAGUUACUACGGAUCAGAGAGUGUUGUUAAACUCCUAGGAGUUUAACCAUUGAUGCCUCGCUGGCUGGGUCUGUUGGGAGCUGGGAGUCUAUCAAAUGGAGCUUCACAGGUCAGCCAUCCCUGCUUUACAUGGCAACAGUCCAACAUCUUCUUUUAGCUCUAGCUCUGCUGCUUCAAUGAUUCAGCAUUUACCUAGGUUAAUAGUUAAGGUUUUGUAGCCACAAGGCAGUUUCAUACACCAAUAUCGGGCCCAGUUCAGAAACUUAAGAACUGGGUGGUGACAGUCAAAAUAUGGUGGUGGUGGGGAAACAGCACACAUUAUUCCACCAUGUGGAUUAGAAUAUGAAGGUCCAAUUUGUGCAACCUAUUUUAAAGCCAUAAUAUAAUAAUAAUAAUAAUAAUAAUAAUAAUAAUAAUAAUAAUAAUAAUAAUACCCCACCCACAUGAAACAUUAAAAAGCUCCCCUAUACAGUGCUGCCUUCACAUAUCAAGCAUAUCAAGUGACUGCCUUGUAAACCUGCCAACUCCACCAGACCAAGAUUGUUUCCACAUGAAUGAAUGUCUGAACUGGGCCUUACAAUUCUAAUUUUUUAAGUCCGCAACAGGUUUAUGCAUUUGUGUGUUUUACCUUUGCUCUUGCCUAGGUUGUAGCUGAAAACACAUAUGCAACAGACUAAACAGGACAUUUUUUGAUCAUGUGGUUCUAUCAUGUAAUAUUUGCCACAUUCUGUUUGUUUGUGGUCUCACUUUCCUAGUUAAAAUGUAUUAGUUACUAUGGAAACAUUGCAAUCAACACAGUAGGUCUACCUAAACGUAUUAACCACAAUUACCGUAUCCAUACCCACCCCCAGGUCUCCCUCCCUACAUAUUGAGAAUUAACAUGCAAAUAUUCUAAGGCAGAUGGUAUUUGCUCAUUAGACACAAUAGGAAAUCACACUAAAUUCAAGCGUAUUUGUCUGGUACCUCUUUUACAUUCUAAUUGAAGUGCCUAAAGAGGAGGUUGGGGGACACUGAGCCUAGGGCUUGUCGAUUGGAAGGUCGGCGGCUCGAAUCCCCGUGAUGGGGUGAGCUCGUGUUGCUUGGUCCCAGCUCCUGCCAACCUAGCAGUUCGAAAGCACGCCAAAGUGCAAGUAAAUAAAUAGGUACUGCUCUGGCAAGAACAUAAAUUGUGUUUCCGUGUGCUGCUCUGGUUUCGCCAGAAGCGGCUUAGUCAUACUGGCCACAUGACCCGGAAAAACUGUCUGCGGACAAACGUCAGCUCCCUCGGCCAGUAAAGCGAGAUGAACGCCGCAACCCAAGAGUCGUUUUCGACUGGACUUAACUGUCAGAGGUCCUUUACCUUUAAAGAGGAGGAUGGGACAUCCUCCACAGCCACUUGGAGGAGCUGUAAUCCCCCAAGACACAACUACAUCUUAUGUGUACUAUCAAGGAUCUCUCACAUAAAAUUCAGGGUAUGCCCAAUCUUCCACACGCAUCUAGCGAUGGUAACCUUCUCUUCCUUCAAGGCCUGUUAUGUCAAGGUAAGAUUAAAGAUUCUUAUUCCUUUGGCUAUUGACUAAGAGGAACAACUACAGGUGAAACUCGGAAAAUUAGAAUAUCGUUGAAAAGUGCAUUUACUGUAUUUCA